CCGGACAGACGGACAGACGGCCUGCCCCGCCCCCUGCGCUACCGACUGACUCAGUAACCUCGGGAUUGUCAGGCCCCAGGUCUUUGCCCGCGACGUGGACCUCGGUCGCCCACCCGCAUCUUCUGCCGUCACCCCGGCCCAUUUCUCUCUAUCCACACCCUGGGCCUCAGGGCAGGUCGACAGCCUGGGACACUUCUCCUCCGCAGUUCCAGGCCUGGGAGAUCAACUCCCAGCGCCGCGUUUCCCUGAGAUCCCGCAGCCGCUCAGCGGACCUGCCAUUCUUCCCAGCAUCAUCGGGCUUCUGGGAGGCACUCUAAGCCCAGGCAAGGUCCCCCGGCCAGGAUGUCGGGCCUGGUGUUGGGACAGCGGGAUGAGCCUGCAGGGCACCGGCUCAGCCAGGAGGAGAUCUUGGGGAGCACUCGUCUGGUGAGCCAGGGGCUGGAAGCCCUCCACAGUGAACACCAGGCUGUGCUGCAAAGCCUCUCCCAGACCAUCGAGUGUCUGCAGCAAGGCGGCCAUGAAGAAGGCCUGGUGCAUGAGAAGGCGCGGCAGCUGCGCCGUUCCAUGGAAAACAUCGAGCUGGGGCUGAGUGAAGCCCAGGUGAUGCUGGCUUUGGCCAACCACCUGAGCACAGUGGAGUCGGAGAAACAGAAGUUGCGGGCGCAGGUCCGGCGGCUCUGCCAGGAGAACCAGUGGCUCCGGGACGAGCUGGCCGGCACCCAGCAGCGGCUCCAGCGCAGCGAACAGGCCGUGGCUCAGCUGGAGGAGGAGAAGAAGCACCUGGAGUUCCUGGGGCAGCUGCGGCAGUACGACGAGGAUGGGCACUCUGCGGAGGAGAAGGAAGGUGACGCCUCCAAGGAUUCCCUGGAUGACCUCUUCCCCAACGAGGAGGAAGAGGACCCCAGCAAUGGCUUGUCCCGUGGCCAGGGCGCCCAGCACAGCGGCUAUGAGAUCCCAGCGAGGCUGCGGACACUGCAUAACCUGGUGAUCCAGUACGCAGCCCAGGGUCGCUAUGAGGUGGCCGUGCCGCUCUGCAAGCAGGCGCUGGAGGACCUGGAGCGCACGUCUGGCCGCGGCCACCCCGACGUGGCCACCAUGCUCAACAUCCUGGCUCUGGUGUAUCGGGACCAGAAUAAGUACAAGGAAGCGGCCCUCCUGCUCAAUGACGCCCUCAGCAUCCGGGAGAGCACCCUGGGCCGGGACCACCCUGCCGUGGCGGCCACACUCAACAACCUGGCUGUGCUCUAUGGGAAGAGGGGCAAAUACAAGGAGGCGGAGCCGCUGUGCCAGCGGGCGCUGGAGAUUCGAGAAAAGGUCCUGGGUACCAACCACCCGGAUGUGGCAAAGCAGCUGAACAACCUGGCCCUGUUGUGCCAAAACCAGGGCAAGUAUGAGGCUGUGGAACGCUAUUAUCGGCGGGCACUGGCCAUUUAUGAGGGGCAGCUGGGGCCGGACAACCCUAACGUAGCCCGGACCAAGAACAACCUGGCUUCCUGUUACCUGAAACAAGGCAAGUAUGCUGAAGCAGAGACUCUCUACAAGGAGAUCCUGACACGUGCCCAUGUGCAGGAGUUUGGCUCUGUGGAUGAUGACCACAAGCCCAUCUGGAUGCAUGCAGAGGAGCGGGAAGAAAUGAGCAAAAGCCUGCACCGUGAGGGCAGCACACCCUACGCCGAGUAUGGAGGCUGGUACAAGGCCUGCAAAGUGAGCAGCCCCACAGUGAACACAACCUUGAGGAACCUCGGAGCUCUGUACAGGCGCCAGGGAAAGCUGGAGGCAGCUGAGACCCUGGAGGAAUGUGCCCUGCGCUCCCGGAAACAGGGCACUGACCCGAUCAGCCAGACCAAGGUGGCUGAGCUGCUUGGGGAGGGUGACAGUGGAAGGAGCCCCCACGAGGGCCUGGGGGGCAGCGUGAAGUUUGAGGGAGGUGAUGACGCCUCGGUGGCUGUGGAGUGGUCAGGGGAUGGCAGUGGGGCACUGCAGAGGAGCGGCUCUCUGGGCAAGAUCCGAGAUGUGCUUCGUAGAAGCAGCGAACUCCUGGUGAGGAAGCUCCAGGGGUCUGAGCCCCGGCCUUCCAGCAGCAACAUGAAGCGGGCAGCCUCCUUGAACUAUCUGAACCAGCCCAGUGCAGCGCCGCUCCAGGUCUCCCGGGGUCUCAGUGCCAGCAGCAUGGACCUCUCUUCAAGCAGCUGACAUUCAGCUCAUGCCCCACGUCUGCUGGGUCCCCCCACAGCCCUCACAGCAUUCCCUGUUGCUCCUGGCUCUUCCAGCCCCAAGGUGGGACAGUGAAGGGGGAGCAGUUAACCCGAAGAUUGCUGCUGCCCUUAGGGUCUCAGCCCCCUCCUCAGGAAUCCCCUUCAGGAAGGACCCUCAGGACAUCCUCCCCCCACCCUGUGGUCCUCUAGAGUAGCUAGCUCUACUACUAGGGCCCCCAAAGUGGGUAAGAAGCAGGUACGCACCUCAGAGAUGCAGCCUGCUGCUGGCUUUUCUGUCAGAGGGCUUGGGGCUGGCCAGCCAACCUGCCUUGCCCUGGGCUGUCUUGUUCCCUCUACUGCCUCACUUCAGGUCCAUGUAUUUCACUUUUCUUAAAUAAAAGAAUCAGGUAACCAUUGA